AGUGCUUACGCAACCGCAGGACAAUUGUCAUUGCUCCCCUCACCCAGAUAUUCAUAUUAUCGUACCAAGCUUUGACUGUGUAGUCAAGUUGGUGUGGUCUUCUAUUUUCCCUCGAUGAUUGAUACGCUACGUAGUACUUUAACUGCUUCAAAAAUUAUCUUGCGUGAGCGUUUCUGCUCCAUGUGAAGGCUGGCGAUUUCUAUAAUACGUAUAACUUUUCCUGAAUUAUGCUCGACCUUAACCCGAAUCGCAGUGCACAGUAGAAUUUUCCUCCCGCGUGUGCACGAGCAGGCACGAGGACGUGUGCAAGACCUUGUUCGGGGGAUAACGUAGAAGAAGAAAGUGGGUACGACCGAAAGAGUUUCUACUACUGCCGCAGGAAUAGAAAAAAAUGGGCACCACCGGCAGUCAGCCAACCCCGGAGCAAGGUGAACAAACGGUGGUCCCUCCGGACGAGCCCAAGCAGGAGCAGUACGUGGCUAACUGGUACACGCUAUGCGGCGCGGAAAAUUCAACAGUGGAGCUGGACUACUUUCUGGAUGGCAGCGGCGCGAUCGGGACGUCGUCGGCCACGGGGUGCUAUCUGCGCUUAUCAAAUGUAAAAAUGUCUGGGUCUGGAAGAUUGGAACUUGUGAUGCUAACUUUGGACUCUAAAAAAAUCUGUAUUGCAUGACCAGCAAGAGGAGUCUAGUUUGUGCUACGGGGCGGGGAGGGCGUUUGUCAUGCGGAGUAGGCAUCAGGAAGCCCUCUAAAAAUCUGUGACGCUAGGGCGUGCAUUACAGACGUCCUGGGUCAUGCAAAACAUGCAUGACAAGUCUCAGAAUCUUCCAGACCCAGACACUUUUGCAUUUGAUAGCGCUGGGUCGGCUGCAAAUGCUUCGGCAGUGCGUACUCGCUUUCUCUCGCGCAGAUGCUAGCAUUGCAGCAGCAGGCUUCUGGAGGUGGCGGCGCGACUGGUACUGCGACGUCUUUUCUGCAAGAAAGGGUCGACGUGCAGAGGGCCCAUUACUACAUCAGCGGAAAAACGACAAAAAGGGCACGACAAACGAGAUUGAAGGACUCUUCGAUGGCCGCUUCUACUAGUGCGGGCUUUGUUCCGGACCAGAUGGAAAGAAAAGAAAGAACCAGUCAACACCUUUACGACCAGCUUGCAGCGCUCGAGACGGGCGGCCGCACCGCGGCUGAGAGUGGGAGCGGCGCGAAGGAUGAUGGUUCCCCCACCAAGGUGGACGAGGACGUGGUGAACACGGGGGCGGACGGUUGGGUGCCACAGGAGUGCUUGGCAUAUUGCACGAACUCCGAUGGGAACCUAAACUGCGCCGGACUCACUUACGACCUGAGCAUAUCAACUGCAAAUUCGAAUAUAUAUGUCUGGGCCUGGAACAGAGCAGAGGUUUGUGAUCCAAGCAGCCCGCAUGACUUAUACAUAGUCCAGUUCGCUCCAGCUACAGUGACCUACUCAAACUUCAACUUUGAUUUCACAUUGCAAAAUAUAGUCAUACCUGAUGAAAGUAUUGUGAGCUGCUCUGCCUCUGGCAUCGAUCAGCGUCGCAAGUUUGGAUAUUGGAGAGGCCGCUUCUCGUAGUGCCAUCUCGCAUGAUGCAUGUCAAAAAGAACUGUCGUUUUCGGAAGGCGCUGACUCAAGGGCAUAUUUUUGCUGGUCUCAAGCAAUGCUUAGAGUCUUUUGACCUAUGGUCGAGGAGAACAAGGAAAUAAAAGCUCGGACCCUUCACCAUCCAGAGUUGUUCCCGACAUAUUUUUUUACAGUGCAUAGGAAACUCAGGUAUGUUACUUCAUCAACUUUUCUCCGGUGCAAGGCGUGUCGUGGCCCUUACCGGAGAGUAGGGAGCAGAACCGGGCGAACCUGGAACUGCACAUGCCACCACAGCAAGGGAAAAGCCAAGAAGAGGUGGAGAAGACCACGAUAACCAUUUAUCAGAAAUCGAUGGACUUCGCCGCGGUACCCGGGGUAAAACUUUCGUGGCAGCAGCUCGCUGACAGGAUGCACACCGACCUUACGCCUCUUAGACCCGAGGAAUGGCUGCGGAAAUCUUUCUGCGUGGCAAAGAAAAGCCUGGACGACGGCGCGGAGCCGUCUUUUAAGGACUUAUGGGAGUGCACACAUGAUUUGUCUCCCUGCGCUCAUUUUUAUAACUUGCAUAGCAUGUUGUAGUUCACCUGCAACAGAUACAGAAGCGACAGCAAUGCCGCCGCUCGCGCAUGACAGAUUUGGACGGCGAUUGUAGUGCUCUCUCGGGCCUCCGUCUCCGUCUCGAAACGUCGUGCCAUCGACAUACGUAGUACUGGCUGAAAAUUAUGACGCAAAGCCAAAAGGUGGCAUUCGGCGUGCAGUUGCAUGAUGAGACGCAUGAGAUGAAAUGAGAACAUCUUCGAGGGGGAUCGAAGUACUAGUUGUGCACUCUCAUAGCCGUUCAUCACCUACGUGAAGAUCCGAGAGCCAGAGAGCAAUACGCAGUGCCAGGCCCUGUUGACUCCCACGACAAGCAGCCCGACCACGACAACCACUACUACGACUAGCAAAGAAGGCACUUCUUCAAGUGGUGCAAGCGGUUCCGGCGCGCAGGGCGAGGGAGAGGACCAAACUACACCGGGAGAUGCAGACGGUGGAGGCGAGUCUGGGCACCCUAUUGACGGCGAAGACGGAGACCAAGCAGGGCAGCAAGGAAACACGACCACGUCCGCGCCGGCUGGCGGAGACGGGAAGGGCACAGAGGGAGAAGACGACGUCAACACUAUCCCGCGUGCAAAAACGUCGUGGUAAGUACCCAGAAGGAGCCCAUAGUCAAGAUGGGAACUCUGGCGCAACUCUGCAUAUUACGGCAAAUCCAGAACUUCUGCUGGGACUUAUACAUGACAAGUUUGGCUAUGCAGUGCGGUUGUGCGUACUGCUAGUCUCCGAUCGAUGCGUCGGAAAUCCACUCUCAUGUCCUGACUGACGCAUGACAGGUCUCCUAUUAACACGACUAGCAAAUAAAGUUGUCUCUUAUGCGGAGCUGCCUGAUAGAGAUAGAUGUUCUGGGCAUGAUGCAGAUUGGCAUGAUAAGUAGCUCCGGGGUAAAUAUUUUUAAGGGCGACGUUUUUCCGCAGGAUAGCCACCUUGUGGGCGGUGUUGGUGGUGCUAUCCGUGUUCUGCGUGAUUGCCUUAUCAAAAGGAAAAAUCCACCCCCCUCCCCAUAUCGAAAAGGUAUGUUUCCGAAAAUUUGUGUUGCUGAUUUGAGACCACAAAUCACGUCUGUCUCGCACGAAGACAAGUGCAAAGGCGGCCGCGCCAUUAUGGAAGCGAUUUGGCAUGCUGUUGGGCCUAGGGAGCAGACAUUUGUAACAUUACUAGACCCAAACGCCCCUACCUAGGCUGCGGAUCUGGCAGCGAUGUCUUACUGCAAGACAGCGCGCAUUUGUGUACGGAAGUCCAGCAUCAGAAACUUCGGCUCUAUAUGGGGAGGGGGGAUUUUUCCCCACAAUAUCCCUUGGCGAUCGCCUUCGCCAUCAUUUUUUGCGUGACGAAUAACAGUAUGCAAUGGAAAUAUAAUGUCUGCUGGUUCCUCUGCUGGAAGGAUGCAAAUCUACUAUGACAUGCUAUUUCAUCGUUGUAAAAGACCACGCAUCUUCAAAAAUCUGUAUCGCUUGAGCGCCAAUCUUCAAAGCUGUCGACUCUUUCCUGCACACCUUCACCUCUCAUAGCGAUAAUUUUGUCAUGUGGUACAGGCAUGGCGAGUCAAAUAAUUGCUUUGUCUGCAUUUAUUUUCCGUGCGGUUCACCCAAAGAAAAAGAUGCACAUGAUCAUAUAAAAUGCGCACUUCUCAUUCAGAUCCAGUCCCAGGCAUUAUAUUUGCAGUGGAUAAAAAGCGACGAGGAAGGCCAAAGCACCAGCAGGCCACAGGACCAAAUUCCGCCCCCGCAACCCGGCAAGCGGGCGUCUGUGCGCGCGUCGACGAACUUACCCGGGCACUUGGGCAUCGUCGAUGGAACAAGAAGCAGCAAGAAAGCUGGCCCAAGAGGUGCCCGAGUGAGCACCACCAGCAGUGGAGAUCGCGCCAGUACAACCGGCAGCCGAGCCUCCGCCAAAGCCGACAUAGGCCCCCUCGUGAAAAGCGCCACCGCGAGCUUCAGCACCCCGAGAAAAGACGACGAAGGUAUGUGCGAGAAAAGCGUCCCCGCGACCCCGAAGUCAAGAUCGGAAGCUUUGCAGUAGUACACAAAUCAACAAGCUGUCGGUGUUGCGCAUGACAAAUUUGGGCGUAAUUUAUCUAGUAAAGCCGCAUCACGACUGUUGCAUGACAAACUACCACACGACUGCAUUUAGAAAAUGCUCCUCAUGGGCGGGCUGCGCAUGAGAAUGGUCGUAGGCUUGCGUGACAAAUCUGUGGUGGGGACGUUUGUGCACAGGAUAGAAGGGGCGGCCACCUCGACGUUUUAUCAAAUGCAAAUUUGCCCCCGUCCGGGUCUGGUGGAAGAGUGACCUUGUUUGUCAUGCACUUCUGGAGCAGAUGCAGAAACAGAUAGAUGGAGACGGACUGUCGUGCACGCAAAGCAUCACAGGUUCUCUUAUUUUCUGCUCCAGAUCAACAUUUACCAUCACAAGUUGAAGAGACUGUUCCUGACCCAGACACGUUUGUUACAAUGCAUACGUUUGCGGAGAGAAUCACAAUCAGUCAACAGCGCGCGAGCGUGCGGGCCAGCUCGCGGGGCAGCCAGGUCAAUCUACAAGGCGACUAUCAAAUGUAAAAGUGUCUGGGUCUGGAAGAAUGCAGACUUGUCAUGCAGGUUUUCCAUGACCCAUGAGGUCUGGUAUGUAGGACAUAGCAUGACAGAUUCUGUGAGAGUUCUAUCAUGGGUAUCCUGCAUGAGAAACUGCCUCUCGAUGAGGUCAAAAGUGGCGAGCUUUUGGUAAUCAUGCAACACAGAUUUUUGAAUGAUUCAGAUUUAGCAUGACAAGUUAGAUUCUUCCAGACCCAGACAUUUUUGCAUUUGAUAGCGACAUAUACCACGCAACAGAUCCCGAUCCUGGCCGCCCGAGUCAAAGCAAGCGGCUACCGAUAUUGUGAGGAAAAAUCCCUCCUCCCCAUAUUGAAAGCGCAUUCGUCUGAAAAUUUGUGAUGCAGAUUUGUGGCCACAAAUCCUAUCUGUGUUGCAAGAAAGCGAACUCAGAGAGUCCGCCGCAUUAUGCAGGCGGGUUUGUGAUGCUGUUGGGCUUUACAGCCCAGACAUUUUUGAUGCUAGGCGCCUACGCCAAAAACCUCGCGAAUCAGGCCCGGCAUAUGCCUGCAGUCCUCUACUGCAAGACAGAUCUGAUUUGUGUGCGGAAAAUCAGCAUGAGAAACUUCGUUUUGAUAUAGGGAGGGGGGUUUUAUCGUUUUGAUAGCCGAAGAAACCGGGGCUCUCUGCUCUGGCUGCCCGCGCUGAGAAGUUGUGAAAAGUUGUAGCCGCAGUAGACAGAUUCAGAAUUGCAGUUUAGUACUGGUGCUCCGGCUGCAGUGCUCUACCCUCAAUUCUAAUUUUGCGAUUUUGCGUUGCAAUUAUAUCGUUUGAAAAUAACCCCCUACCAAGCUAUAGCCAGAACUAAAUUAAGUAUGUUCUCGUCUGCUAUUAACUCUCGUUUUUUGAGUGAAUUCCCCCCAACCAUUCCCCUUUGUAAAUCCCUCUUCAUUUGUAGUUGACCGUAAUUGUGCGCUCGUACUUUCACAACAGUAGGUACGCUACGCCCUGCACCGACCUGCUGCUCCGCUGUGUGAGAAGUACAACUACCGGGGCUAAGGGGGCCGAACAAAAAUUGGGGACGAGGGCCUGCAUGUUGAAACACCCCGUCCUUGCUGUUCUCUUUGACACCAAUAAAGGUCGGGGCGUGAAGAUGUUUCUCGAUUUUUCCUUCCAGCCUGCUUGUAAGUACGUGAACCUACGACUGAGUUUUUUUCCUCCUCGUCUAACAACCAUAUACCAUACGUGAUGUGCCGAUUAUGAUUAUCGAAUAAUGAUACGUGAGAG